AUGUCUCUUGAACCCGGAUCUCGAAUACCGUCCCCCUUGAGCUCCGGCCGCUCUUCGCCACAGCCGCGAUUACGGCUUCGGAACGAUGAUGAUAUUACCAGGAAAGAUCCGAAAUACAAACGGUAUUCUGCAAAUAUCGACCGUGCACUUUCGUUAUUUGAGAGCUAUACUUUACAAGAAUGGGCAGAUUACAUAUCAUUUUUAGGGCGGCUACUAAAGGCAUUACAAUCAAAUCCUUCGCUACCACUUAUACCCUCAAAGAACCUUAUCGCAAAGCGACUCGCUCAAUGUCUUAACCCUCAACUACCAUCUGGCGUCCACCAAAAAACAAUCGAGGUUUAUUCAUACAUCUUCAACAUGAUCGGGCGCGAAGGAUUGGCGCAAGAUUUGUCAUUAUGGACGCCUGGAUUAAUGCCAGUACUUUCGUAUGCAUCUUUGACUCUCAAGCCUCAUUACCUCACCCUUUUGGAAAGAUUUUACCUACCACUUUCCACCUCAUUACGACCGGCGCUCAAGAGCCUUAUUUUAUCAUUACUUCCAGGAAUAGAUGAGGAAGGAGGUGAAUAUUUUGAUAGAACACUGGCUUUAAUGGAUGGAAUCAGGAAUGGGGUUGGGGAUGAUGCAUAUUUUUGGCAGUGUUUUUUAUUGGCUACUAUCACUAGCCCAGGAAGGCGCCAGGGAGCGUUAGCAUUUUUGGGCAGAAGACUCCCAACACUAGACGAGGCAAAGAAAAUGGAAGCUCCAGAGGACACUCAUGACAUAGCUUUGGACGAUGGUAAAGGUAGUGAAGCAGAGGCUUUGGUAAACCCUGAGCCAGGUCUCCUUGUACGAGCAUUCUGUGCUGGGUUAGGUGACGAGCAGCUAUUAGUUCAACGUGGAUUCCUUGAUUUGCUGGUUGGAUCUUUGCCUCUUUCUUGUAGGAUUCUCCAAGAGAGGGUGAGCAAGCCUGAUCUCGAGUUACUGGUGACUUUAGCAGCCGGAGUAGUGUUAAGGAAGGACAUGGGCCUGAAUCGAAGGCUUUGGGCGUGGUUUCUGGGGCCAGAUGGCCAGGACCAAAGAGACAAAGGUUAUCUACAUAAAUAUGGCCUCAAUUCUCUUGUUGGUGGAUUGAUCAAGAUGUUGGAUUGUGCGGAAGAUACUAGUGCGGCAGAACGCGCAAAGCCUUACAGGAUAUGUCUGUCGCUGAUGGACAGGUGGGAGGUUGGUUCUUUGGUUGUUCCAAAGCUCUUCUUACCAGUUGUCGAAAGUGUCCGGCAGUACGAAAAGUCUGCGCCCAGCAAGGAGGUUUAUGUUGAGGUUCUGAGGAGUGCGAGGAUGUUUUUCGAUGGAGUCGAGGCUUCGCUUAUUUGGGAGCAGAUUCUAGAGAAAGUCGUAUCGGCAUUUUCUGUCGAGAAUGGAGGCGAUGGAGAGGAAAUGCUGGAGAGUGUAAGUUUUGUCAUAAGAACGUUCAAUGUGAGCGAAGAAGAGAUGGUAUUGGUGCAUGCUCCUUUGCUAGUAUUGGCUGUUCUAGUUGAAUUGGGGGCAAGUUCCACGGAAAGGAGAGGGUUGAAAGCCAGAGGAUUUCAGAUCACAGAGGAGUUGUGGCAGCUGAUUCCUGAACGAGCUUUCAAGGGCGCAGCCUCUGAUGAGAUAUCAGAUGAAGACACAGAGAUUGGGGGAAUACGGAAGAAAAUCCAAAAGUUCUACAGAAAAGGACAAACAAACAACAAUUCAGAAUCUACUCCACCGUUUUCUAUGAAAACAAUUGGACGGCUAAUAUUACGAGAGACGGCUACAGCCGUAGAAACUGCAUUGGACGAACCCGAUGUCGGUGUCCGCUGCCAGCUCUUAGUCAACGUCAUCCAGAAAACACCCAAGUUUCAAGAAUCACGCGAAUCCUCCCAUUUCAUCGAAUCUUUCGUGAAAACACUUUCUUCAGAAGGCAUUUCCUUUGCAGCCCUCCAGGGGAUUGCUAAUGUGGUAGCUGCUAUGUAUGUUAAGGGUUAUCUCUCACCACAGACAAUCGACUCAUUAAUUCUACCGAUCGUGAAAAAUAUUUGGAAUUAUCUUUCACCAGAUACACCAAAGUUCCAUGUAGAAGCUGUAAAGGCCCUGUGGAAUCUUCAGAACGUUCUUGGAGAUAGAAGAAUUGAAGCUGCUGUUGCAACCGUUAUGACUGAAGGGGAUGUUGGGGGGAUUUAUUCUUUCAGGAGUGCUGAGCAGGGUCGGAAGUUUGGGGUUCUGUGGACACAUAGCAUGGGCUACACAGGCGGAGGUGGGCCUGAGAUGGUUUUGACCAGGCCACUAUUCUUGUUCCUGGACUCACUAGUAGAUGACGGCUUGGAAAUGGCCGUGUUUGCCAGGGGAUGGCUACAGAAUCUAGGAAGUCUAAAUAGGUUAUUCAGCGUUUUUGUUUCCAAGCUUCUCGGACUGGAUUUUUUGAAAGACUCCGGGAAACGAGAUGCGAACGGCGCACCGCUCAAGAGGCAUGUGUAUCGUGAAAAUCACGAUCUCGAAGUGGCUACGUACUAUUUUCAAACUUUAUCAAAUGUCCUGCAAUAUUCGACACCUAGCGUUAUGGCAGCGUUGGCAACCGAAUCAGCUAUUGGUACCGAGGAAACACGGUUGAGAGCCUUGGCGGAAAGUGGUUAUGGAGAGGAAGACAUGCCUCUACAAACCUUUUUUGUGAAGGUGGCAAUUCGGGCUAUUGAUGGUGAUGCGAAUGACCGAGAUGGCAAUCAAAGUGUCUCUCGGCUCCACCGAACGGCGUUAAAAGUGCUUCACCGCUUACUUCUUAGCGUUUAUGCAAAACCACUUGCAGAAUUGGAGCUGGAGAACAUCCUCACUGCUCGAUUGAUAUCUGCAAUAGAAACCAAGGAUACCUUUGUACAGGUUUCUUUACUUGAUGUUCUAUUUGCAGCUUUGAAACUAUCUCUUAUGCGACCAACGAGUCAAUUAGGCCAACUGAAGAUGCACUCUGGAAGUAUUAAGGGUAGUCGUUCAGCCGCAUCUAUACAGGACCCAGAGAAAGCAAAUCCCCCACCACCUCAGGCCAAACCCCCACAACAACUAGUUAGGUGUCUCGUGGGUGGAUUUUCAAGCCUAAGUGGUAGACCGGUGCUGGAUAGCUGGAUUAAUUUCUUGACCGAGUGUUUACCGUUGCUGGAGAAUGUAAUAUUCCAGAUUCUAAUUCCACUGGUGGAAUGCUUGUGUGAGCAAAUCAGGCAAACAUUUGAGGCGCUAAAACAAGUGUUCAAGGAAGCGGAGCAUCGUGGUGUAGCUCCCAAGACAAGGAGCCCUGAAGGAACUUUAGUGGCGCUACUCAAUGGCCUAGAACAGAUUCUGGCCGCGGCCCAUGAUAAACUUCUUACAGAAGAAAUCAAAGUUGCGGGUCCAAAAAGCCCUGAUGCACAGACAACGGGUGGGUUCUUCGGAAACAUGGUUAGUGGUGUUUUUGCUGUGGAAAGCCCGCAAAACAGGAGCGCGGCCGCAAAUAAUCGCCUUACUGUGCUCUUAUGCUUUCAGGACACUGUAAAGAGCUGUUAUGCCAUUUGGAGCUGGGGCGAUGCCAACUCUGGUGCUGGGGAGAGCGAGGCAAUACUUGACUCUGGGAGCAGAGAAAGUUGGUUAUACACCAGUGUCCGAAUGAGGGGCCGUGCCAGAAGGAUUUUGGAGCAUCUUUUUGCGGCGGAAACACUGGAAUGUCUAGAAACCUUGAUUGAGCUGUGGCCUGCAAAGGAUUCCGUGGGAAUUGAUACGGGAAAUAAGAAGAUGGCAAGCAUCUUCAAGCUCAUUAAUGUUCUUGAUGGCUCGAGGCCUAAACAUACGAUUCCGGCAAUAUUCAACGCAAUUUACUCGAGGACGAAUCCAGGAGCUUUGGAUCCGAAUAGGAAGUCUACACUAACUGCCGAACUUAGCGAUUUAGAGGUGGUUGUGUUUUUAGUAGAGUACGCUCGAAGUUUAGAGGAUGAUGCGAUGGAUGAGAUCUGGGCGGAUUGCAUGGUCUUUUUGAGGGACGUCUUGACAAACCCGUUCCCCACAGGCAGACCUUGCCAAAAAAGAAUGAGAAAAGAAUUAGGAGACUUGUUCCUGCGACUCUUGGCUGCUGCAUUUACUGCACGACCAAUGGGGCAGAAUCUCUUAGAAGCCCCAGCACCUGUUGUAGGUUCUGCUGGAGAGAAACAUGUCGACAAUGAGGGUAGCAGCGAAAAGAUUGGUCGAGGGAGAGCUUCCCCUGAUGAUAUCGUGGCAAUCCUAGCAACGAUCGUUCCGGAACUUCGCAAGGUAUUGGUUGAGCAUGACCGGGUUGUCGCCGCGUCUGUCACAAUAUCAACCAGCGUGAUCGGGCCCACCUUCAGGUCAAAGGCGUUUCCCCAGAAUAUAUCCCCUGGGAUACUGGAUCUUUUAUAUCAACUUACACGACUACAAAACAACCAAAAGGCCUGGAAGAAAGAGCUUUCUGAUGCCCUACUAGAUCCAAAAUUCUUCUCCUCGUCGAUACCACUAGUGAAGGAAGGAUGGGUGCCUCUUGUGAGGCAAUAUCUCCUCAGUGACCGUGAACGCAUGGUCGAUCUACUUGGGCGAAUCACCCCACCCACAACCGCAGGCGUACUAUUCGGAGUAGGAGCAACAUCAGCCCGCCAAGAGGCCGACAAAAAGACGCAGCUGAACCUCCGGCGCAUCGCAUUCCUCAUCCUCGCCGCCGAAACAGACACAUUCGUUGUCAACCUCAAAGAGCUCGAAGAGAAGCUCGUCGAGCUUCUCUCCGCCACCGCCGUCACCUCGCCGUCAUCUGUAACACGGGGCGAAGUAUACAUGGUAUUUCGCGCGCUCGUGCUCCGAACCUCCCCCGUGCACCUUGCCUCCUUCUGGCCGCUCAUCAACACCGAACUGCAGUCCGCCAUCCCCGCCAUCCUCCCCGACGAUGAGAAUAACGGCACCUACACGGACGCCACAAUCCUGCAGGCCUGUAAACUCCUCGACACACUGCUCGUCAUCGCGCCUGACGAGUUUCAGCUCCACGAAUGGCUCUUUAUCACCGAUACCAUCGAGGCCGUGUACCGUCCCGACGGCUGGGCGCCGGCCGCGCUCGCGGACCAGGUGACGCUCGAGCUGCCAUCGCCAGCGCUCCAGAGCGACACGAUGGUGGUGGGAAAUAGGAGGAGGCCAUGGCUGGUAGGCGAGAGAGUCAGGGACUUGGAAAAGAAGGAUAUAAAGACGGAGAUCUUGAGGCCGUUCCUUAGUGCCUUGAGUAUCUUUGUGUAUGAGGGGACGUAUGGGAUGAAGCCGCCAGAUCUGGAUAGCUGUGAGGAUGCACUGAUGAGAGAUAUGUUUGUGGAGGAGGCGGUGUAG